AGGAAGCGCUGAGCCCACACCUCCUCGUCCCACCCCCUCCCCCCGGGUGCUGGCUCCAUGUCUGUGUGACUGGCCCCAGGGGUAGAGUCCAGGCCCGACGCGGGGCGGGCCGGCGGCGGCGGCUGAGGUGAGAGGCGGCGGCGGCGCGGGCACCCGGCCCCCCAGCGGGAGGAUGAAGCGGCGGAACGCCGAAUGCAGUAAGCUCCGCCGCCCCCUAAAGCGGAACCGGAUCACCGAGGGCAUCUACGGCAGUACGUUUUUAUACCUGAAAUUCCUGGUAGUGUGGGCACUCGUCCUCCUGGCAGAUUUUGUCCUGGAGUUCAGAUUUGAAUACCUGUGGCCAUUUUGGCUUUUCAUUAGAAGCGUGUAUGAUUCCUUCAGAUACCAGGGACUGGCCUUCUCAGUAUUUUUUGUUUGUGUAGCAUUCACAUCAAAUAUAAUAUGUCUGCUGUUCAUCCCCAUACAAUGGCUUUUUUUUGCUGCUAGUACAUAUGUGUGGGUUCAGUACGUAUGGCACACAGAAAGGGGAGUGUGUUUGCCCACAGUAUCCCUCUGGAUACUCUUUGUUUAUAUUGAAGCAGCAAUUAGAUUUAAAGAUCUCAAAAAUUUUCAUGUAGACCUUUGUCGUCCAUUUGCUGCUCACUGUAUUGGGUACCCUGUGGUGACUUUGGGCUUCGGCUUCAAAAGUUAUGUAAGCUACAAAAUGCGGUUGAGGAAGCAAAAGGAAGUGCAAAAAGAGAACGAAUUUUACAUGCAGCUUCUUCAGCAAGCCCUCCCCCCAGAGCAACAAAUGCUACAAAAGCAAGAAAAAGAGGCCGAGGAAGCAGCCAAAGGAUUACCUGAUAUGGAUUCCUCAAUCCUCAUACACCACAAUGGAGGUAUCCCAGCCAAUAAAAAACUCUCCACAACUUUGCCAGAGAUAGAAUACCGAGAAAAAGGGAAAGAAAAAGACAAAGAUGCCAAAAAACACAACCUUGGAAUAAAUAACAACAAUAUUCUACAACCUGUAGACUCUAAAAUACAAGAAAUUGAGUAUAUGGAAAACCAUAUCAAUAGUAAAAGAUUAAAUAAUGAUCUCGUGGGAAGUACAGAAAAUCUCUUGAAAGAGGACUCAUGCACUGCUUCCUCAAAAAACUACAAAAAUGCCAGUGGAGUUGUGAACUCCUCACCUCGAAGUCACAGCGCCACAAAUGGGAGCAUUCCUUCCUCAUCUAGUAAAAACGAGAAGAAGCAGAAAUGCCCUAGCAAGAGCCCAAGUGCACACAAGGACUUAAUGGAAAACUGUAUUCCUAAUAACCAGCUAAGCAAACCAGAUGCACUGGUAAGGCUGGAACAAGACAUUAAAAAGUUAAAGGCCGACCUGCAGGCCAGCAGGCAAGUGGAACAGGAGCUCCGCAGUCAGAUCAGCUCCCUCUCGAGCACCGAGCGAGGGAUCCGCUCAGAAAUGGGCCAGCUCCGGCAAGAGAAUGAGCUGCUGCAGAACAAGUUACAUAAUGCUGUGCAAAUGAAGCAAAAAGAUAAGCAGAAUAUCAGCCAGUUGGAGAAAAAGCUAAAAGCUGAGCAGGAAGCCCGAAGUUUUGUAGAAAAGCAGUUAAUGGAGGAGAAAAAAAGGAAGAAGUUAGAAGAAGCUACUGCUGCCCGGGCUGUUGCAUUUGCUGCUGCGUCUAGGGGAGAGUGCACCGAAACCUUACGGAAUCGGAUCAGAGAAUUAGAAGCAGAGGGCAAGAAGCUCACAAUGGACAUGAAGGUGAAAGAAGACCAGAUCAGAGAACUAGAACUGAAAGUUCAGGAGCUUCGGAAGUAUAAGGAAAAUGAGAAGGACACUGAGGUGUUAAUGUCAGCCCUCUCAGCCAUGCAAGAUAAAACGCAGCACCUGGAGAACAGCCUGAGCGCAGAGACAAGAAUCAAGCUGGACCUGUUCUCCGCACUGGGGGAUGCAAAGCGACAGCUUGAGAUUGCCCAAGGACAAAUUCUUCAGAAAGACCAGGAAAUCAAGGACCUAAAACAGAAGAUAGCCGAAGUCAUGGCCGUCAUGCCCAGCAUAACAUACAGUGCUGCCACCAGCCCCUUGAGCCCCGUUUCCCCACACUACUCUUCCAAAUUUGUGGAGACCAGCCCCUCUGGACUCGAUCCCAAUGCCUCUGUUUACCAGCCCCUGAAGAAAUGAAGGCCAGCAGUGUGUUUUGUCCAGGCUUUGGUUAUCAGAAAGCAUCGCAAAGGAGCGUCUCUGGCAGUCAAGAUUAAAAAAAGUUUAUAUUGUAUUUUGUGGGACUGUAUAUGUUGUCGUUUUUAAAAGGGGGGGGAAAGAUAACAUCCAAGUCUGAUUAGAACUGCCCACCAGUUUUUCUUGUAAGUUUUUAGAAGACCUCACAGAACUUUGCAGUUUAUUUUUCUCGGCCAAUACAUUAAAACCAUUCUUGGAUUUCAAGUA